UUUGAAGCAUGCCUUUCAUAUUAACAUGCAGCACAACAACAACAACUGUCUCUUUGCUCUUCUCCAAGUUAGGAACAAGUACAAGUGCUGAAUUAAGGAGAGAAGAGAGAGAAUUUUGAAGAGAAACAGAGAUUAAAGUGGCAGAGGUUUAGUAAGAAGGAGGACCGGGAGUUGGAGAAACUGAGUCUAGAAAAUGAAAGGUUGAAGCUUGAGAACGAACAAAUUGCUUUAGAACUGAAACGGAAGGAAAUCGGCGCUGGCUUUAACUAGGUCCACAGUCUUGCAACUUUUAUGGCAAUUGCAUUAUUUGUCUAAUUGUCAAUUGUCAGUGAAGCAGGUUAAUCCUAGGCAAUAUGUUGCUGAAAUUCCUCAGAAUCGUUGGUGGAGCUGCUACAAAAUCUCGCAGACAUAGAUAUUACAUUUCAAGGUUGAAGGUCCCUUUUGCACGGUCUUCACUGAACCAUGAUGAUGUAUUCAUCCUAGACUCACAGAAUAAGAUUUAUCAAUUCAAUGGAGCUAAUUCAAAUAUUCAGGAAAGAGCCAAGGCUUUGGAAGUUAUCCAGUAUGUGAAGGAAAAGUAUCAUGAAGGAAAGUGUAAUGUUGCCAUUGUUGAUGAUGGAAAGUUGGACACUGAGUCAGACUCAGGUGAAUUUUGGGUUAUCUUUGGUGGUUUUACUCCAAUUGGAAAGAAAGUAGUUAGUGAUGAUGAUAUCGUUCCUGAGACAACUCCUGCCCAACUCUUUAGUCACAGGAUAGAUUGAAUGGGCUGAAUCAAUGAGGACCAAGACAAAGAGCAGAAGCUUUGGCUGUUUUAAACUCUGCAUUUAAAUCGUCAUCCGGAAUCAAAAGUUCUAGCUCUAAAACAACUGGAAGAAGUCAAGGAUCACAAAGAGCAGUAGUAGUAGCUGCUCUCUCUCAAGUUCUUACUGCUGAGAAGAAGAAACAAUCACUUGAUUCUUCUCCUGUGGCAACCAGAAGUCCUGUUGUAGAAACUAGCACUUCCGGUGAGAAAUAUAGCUCUUAUUGUCCAAGUUAAAUGUGUCACAAAAGAAAGAUUAGCUAUUAUGAGAAGGUUAGAGCGUCAAGUAGUUCUAGUGCAGUUCCACUACUACCGCCACCGCCGCCACCCUCAAUGUCUUUGGAUGAGGACUAUGAUGAUGAUGAGGAUGAA